AUGGAUUAUUUACCUCAAAAUUCCCUAAACUCUUUUGCAAUUGGAAUCCUUUCUAUAAUCUUUCUUUGCUUAUUCCUAUUCCAUCGCUCAAAAUCAACCCAUGGUAGAGAACCACCCUUGGUUGAAGGUGCAUGGCCAAUACUUGGUCACCUUCCAUUGUUAACAGGUUCCAAACCAACCCAUCACACCCUUGGUGCCAUGGCUGACAAAUAUGGACCCAUUUUCACCAUAAAGCUUGGUGCUUCCCGUGCUUUGGUUAUAAGCAACUAUGAAAUGGCCAAGGAAUGUUUCACCACAAAUGACUUGGCUGUUUCAUAUCGCCCUAACCUUGUAGCUUGUGAACACAUGACAUAUAACAAAGCCAUGCUUGGUUUUGCACCCUAUGGUUCUUAUUGGCGUGAGAUGAGAAAGAUUGUCACUUUAGGAUUCCUUUCAAAUCACAGAAUUGAUCUACUAAGCCAUGUUCGUGUCUCUGAAUUGCAGACUUCAAUUAAAGAGCUUUUCAAUGCUUGGUCACGUGGAAAGGACAAUAACAACAACAACUUUCUGUUGUUGGUGGAGUUGAAGCAGUGGUUUCAUGAGUUGGCAUUUAACACUGCUCUUAGAAUGGUUGCUGGGAAGAGAUAUUUUGGGGAAAGUGCAGUGGUUGAUGAGAUUGAAGCACAGAGGUGUUUGAAAUCUUUGAGGGAGUUCAUGCGUCUUGUUGGGGUGUUUACUGUUGCAGAUGCUAUUCCUUAUCUUAGAUGGUUUGAUUUUGGAGGACAUGAGAAGGCUAUGAAAGAAAAUGCUAAGGAAUUGGAUAGUGUGGUAACAGAGUGGCUUGAAGAGCAUCGUCUGAAGAGGGGUUCUGGUGAGAAGGUUACGAGGGAUGAAGAUUUCAUGGAUGUGAUGCUUUCGAUGAUUGAUGGGACAACGAUUCAUGGGUUUGAUGCAGAUACCAUCAUCAAAGCCACAACACUGGCAUUGGUUUUGGGAGCAACUGACACCAGCAGUGUUACCCAUGUAUGGGCAAUGUGUUUGCUAUUGAACAAUCCUCAUACAUUGCAAAAAGUAAAAGAAGAAAUUGAUGUCCACAUUGGAAAAGAGAGAUUGGUGACUGAGUCAGAUAUUAACAAGCUGGUUUACCUUCAAGCAGUUGUUAAAGAGGCCCUAAGGUUGUAUCCAGCAUCUCCACUUUCUGGAGCUCGUGAAUUCAGAGAAGAUUGCAUGUUUGGUGACUACCAUGUGAAGAAGGGAACUAGACUAAUAACAAACUUGUGGAAGAUCCAAACAGACCCUAACAUUUGGUCAGAACCAUUGGAGUUCAAGCCAGAGAGGUUCCUCACUACACACAAAGAUGUUGAUGUUAAGGGUCAACAUUUUGAGUUCUUACCCUUUGGAAGUGGUAGAAGGAUAUGUCCUGGAAUAUCCUUUGGCCUUAGAACAGCUCAUUUGACUUUGGCAAGCUUUCUUCACUCCUUUGAAAUCUCAAAAACAUCAAGUGAACCUAUUGAUAUGAGUGCUGUGGUAGAAACAACCAACAUCAAAGUUGUUCCCCUUGAAGUUCUCAUCAAACCCCGUUUGUCUCCCAAUAUUUAUGAAACCGUGGGACCGUGGUGUUAA